AUGGGCGACGAGCGCCGGUGGAGGGCGGCCGCGUCGACGGGGGCCGACAGAGAGCGGUACGGAGGCGGGGUGGACGGCCCUGCUGCACGGGCCGGGGCGGGGGAGGCCGGCGCCGUCGGCCUGCAGAGCCCCGGCGGGCGUGUCGACGAGAGCCGGUCGGGAAGGGAGAGGAGGCGGGGGUGGCCGGGACGCCGGCGCACUAGGCGCGCCGACCGGGGCCUGCCGGGCCCGCCUACGUGCGGGCCGGGGCGUGGCGGGGGUGGCCGGGGCGCCGGCGUGGCGGCCAAGACAGGUGCGAAGGCGGGGUGGCGGGGAGGGCGCGCCGACCGGGUCAGAGCCGGGUGGUCGGGACACCCACGUGGCAGGCGCGCCGAGCGGGCCCUGCUGAGCACACCUACGCGCGGGCCGGGCCAUGGCGCGGGUGGCCGGGGCGCCGGCGUGGCGGCCGGGACCGGGGUGGCGGGGAAGAUGCGGCGGGGGAGCGGGGACCAUGCGGCGGGGAGUGGCGUGGCGGCGGGGAGGGUGCAGCGGGCGCGGCGGCUCGUGGCAAGUGGCGCGGCGACCGGGGCGCAGCGGGCGCGGCGGCGCUGGUGGCAAGCGGGGGAGCGGGGUGGCGGCGGGUUGGGCGGGGACACGAGCUAA